UAUUCUUCCCCGUAUCUUUCCUCGUCAUGCUAUCCCUUCACCAAGUACUGGCGCCGGUCAGUCUAGGCCUAUCGCCCAUCACGAGUGCUGCCAGACUUCUCUCAACCAGAGCAGGGGGAGUGCUUGCAAGCAGAGGUCGCCGUCCGUACUUCACACCUGCUCCAGUCCCUCAGAUUUUCCCCAAGAAUUUCGCCGCGUUCUCGACUGAUGUCGCCUCGUCUUCCACUCUCCCCCAAGCCCAUCCGUCAUCCACUGGAACUGUUCCUAUAACCUCAUUGCCCGGCACGAAGGCUGACAGCGCCUAUGCUUUGGUAUUCACGUGUAACAAAUGCAACACCAGAAGUGCGAAGAAGAUCUCCAAGCAUUCCUAUCACAAUGGCAUCGUUAUUGUGCGAUGCCCCGGUUGCGAGAAGCUACAUCUAAUCGCGGAUCAUUUCUGUUGGUUCGGAGAUGAACCACAGACGAUAGAGGACAUCCUGAGAGAGAAGGGCGAGACCGUUGUGAAGGGCACCGUUGAGGACGCCACGAAGGCAGACCAAGCGGUAGUUGCUGCUGUAAUCGCCGAUGCUGUGGGAAAGAAGGAAGCUAUUGAACUUAGAGAGGGAGAGGUUCUCCCUGAUGUACAGAUAGAAGGUCUUGAUGCUGAUAGUGUUAGAAAGCUCCAGCUUGAGAUCAUCAGAAAGCAACGAGAGCAGCAGAGUUUGUAGGAUACGUUUUAUCUUGCUUCGCUGUCCAUAUACCCUUGAGUACUUUUCUUAUGUGUUUCUUACGUAGUAUUCUUUAUGCUGU